UAUUGUGAGAUCAUCAAUAUGGCGUCGGUAGCAGAGCCUUUACACUUGGAAAAAGAUAUCAAUCGGGCUGUAGACUUGUUGGAUGCUUUGCAGAAAAGUGGCAAAGUUCCCCCUCAGAAGCUAGCAGCCCUUCAGAAGGUCCUACAGAGUGACUUUCUCAAUGCCGUUCGUGAGGUAUAUGAACAUGUGUAUGAAACUGUCGACAUAACUGGUAAUGCUGAAGUGCGAGCCAAUGCUACAGCUAAGGCCACAGUGGCUGCUUUUGCAGCGAGUGAAGGUCAUUCCCAUCCAAGAGUUGUAGAACUUCCUAAAACAGAUGAGGGCCUUGGCUUCAAUGUGAUGGGGGGCAAGGAGCAGAAUUCUCCUAUCUACAUCUCCAGGAUUAUCCCUGAUGGGGUAGCUGACCGACAUGGAGGAUUGAAACGUGGGGACCAGUUAUUGUCUGUGAAUGGAGUUAGUGUGGAGGGAGAACACCAUGAGAAGGCUGUGGAGCUCCUCAAACUUGCCAAAGGUAUGGCUCGUCUGGUGGUGAGAUACACACCCAGAGUACUGGACGAGAUGGAAGCACGAUUUGACAAGCAGAGAUCGGCAAGGAAACGCCAGACACCAUGAUCAUUGUUGUCACAUCAUGAACACAUUCAUACAUCAUAGAUAUGACCCUAGCAUAUACAGGUGUAACAUUGAUAUUAUCCUAGAGAAAUGGAACAGUUGUAGUCUACAAUGAAGGUAGAUUAUACAGCAUUAUGACUUUUUAAUUAUUAAAUCUGAGCUACUUUAGGAAUAAGAAUCAAAUUCAAUCCUAUUAAGGUUGUUGAAAUUCUACGAUAUUGAUUCUAACUUUCUGUGGUUCUAGAGUAGAUGAAGCCCAUAGAGGCACUUUCAGUACUUUUAUACUACAUAAUUCAAUCUUUUCUCUCUGUUGUUAGGACAACCAAUGGUUUACUAUAUGAGUCUUUAACUUAAAGCAUUGAAGCAUUUAUCACUUCUGAAACAUCAUUUUAGGUUUUGAAAAUACCCAUCACUACAUAUAUGGUUUCUUAUUACUCUAUAUAUACAUGAAAACAGGUCAGAAGUCUAGCUAUAGAUUUAUCGGGAAUGUGUUCAGUGUAUAUUUCAGGAUAGUUUUCACUGGUAGGGUAUACUUGGUAGGUGAACAGUUUAUGUUGGAGAACAGUUCUUCUCACUGGUAGGGUAUACAAGGAAGGUGAACAGUUUAUGUUGGAGAACAGUUCUUCUCACUGGUAGGGUAUACAAGGAAGGUGAACAGUAUAUGUUGGAGAACAGUUCUCGCUGAUAUUUCUUACUGCAAGGUUAAACCCAUUUAAUGUCCUAUGCUUUUAGAUGUGAUUUUAUCAUAAGAAACAGAUAUUGCUUUCUUUCAUCAAAUAUGUACUGGUAUUGUUUGUUAUUGUGCAAAUAUACACCAUAGAAGAGUUUGUCAGCAAUUUAAACAUGAAAAAAAAUAUGGGUUUGAAUUCCAUGCAUUCCUGGUAUACAUGUGUGUUCUGUAUAGUGUUUAAUAUCAUUACAUGCUUAUGUGAAGUUGGUGGUAAUUUUCAUCCUUAUGGUUCCUGGUUGUAGAUUUUAAUAAACAUUUAAUUGUUUCCUUGCAAAUCAUCUUGUAUUGAAGCAAUAUCUUUGUGGGCUGAUGAAUUUACUUGUCAAUUUCUGGUCUUGUGAUUUUGAUGGCUGUUGAUAUUUUCAACUUGUCAUAGAAAAAAAAUCUUGCAGAUACAGUCAACUUAAGCAAAAUGAUAAAAGUGUUUACUUAUAAUUUUAAAAUACACAAUCAAAAACAGAUACAAAAGCACAUAGGAUCAAUUUACUGGAAUAUUUCUCUCUUUUUUUUUUUUAAAUAUAUAUACUUUGAAGGCAAAACUGAUGCAAUAAUGUAUAUAAGAUUUGAGAAAGAAAGUCUGUUCAAGGCAGCCCUAAUGUUUAUAUCUAUAGAGGCAUGAUAGUCAUUCCUAGGUUGAAUAAAUGUUGUAGACAUUUUUAUUUAAUAGUUCAUGGUUGUGACAACAUUUACAUUCGUUUAGGUUUUCAAUAUAUUUUACAAAUUUAAUAAUACCAUCCUAAUUGAUGUGUGUCUCUGUAAAUAAAGAUAAAAUGACAAAUACUGAU